GGUUUCGAAAUCAAUUUUUUGUUUUCGUGGGGGUUUGGUAAGAGUUCCACCAUUUUUGCAAGCUCAUAAUCUCAGACUUUUGGGAGGGAAAAAAACGCCAAAUCCAAAUCCCAGACCCUCCUAUUCGAGAGAGCCCCAGUCGAUCCCUUUCUAUCCUAUCCUUCAAGUUCAGACUCUUUUUCCUCUGAAAGUGAUAGGAUGAGCACCACAGUACAUAGAACUCCCAAAUCUGGGAGGCAAUCUUUGUUUUUCCAAGAUCUGGCUUCGCCUAUUUCGGCCAGGAGAGGAAAAUUUUCAACUCCAGGGCAGGCAGCUGCGGUGUCUGCUCUAUGGCGUGAGAAUUUCAGCGGCUCAGAUCUUCCGCCUCCCCCAGUUUUCACCUUGGAAGAUCGCUCAGACUUUUCUCCUGAAUCUGGAAUUCCAGAUUACCCUGUUUCCCCAGAAGCCAGAUCAGAUCCCAGAUCUCCAGUCCAAAGUUCUGGUCGUGACUUCUUGACCCCAGUAAAAAGCAAAUCCGAGGCAAGCACAUCUAGUGCUAUGAUGAGUGCGCAGCAAAAUCAACAAGGUUCCUCAGGUUUUAAUUGGUGGUCGCCCUCAAAAAGCAGUAGUGAGCAAGACGAAAAGGGAAAUAGUUCGCCUGUUGAAGGUGUUGUCCAGCCUGGUGCUUUGAUCACCCUUCCACCUCCUAGGGAAGUUGCAAGGCCUGAGAUGCAGAGGAAUGCCUUGCCUACAGGAAACCUCAAUGAAGAAGAAUGGGUUACUGUUUAUGGAUUUUCUCCAGCCGAUACAAACUUGGUUCUAAGGGAGUUUGAAAAGUGUGGUGUGAUUUUGAAACAUGUUCCUGGUCCUAGAGAGGCUAACUGGAUGCACAUUUUAUAUCAGAAUCGAUCUGAUGUGCUGAAGGCUCUCAGCAAGAACGGGAUGCAAAUUAAUGGGAUACUAAUAGUAGGUGUGAAGCCGUUGGAUCCAAUGCAACGUCAGGCUUUGAACGAUAGGCUCAACAAUCAGGGAUUCAUGACUUUACCGCCCCCUCCAUCCGCCAAAACUGGGGAACUGAAUGCAGUGGGAGGCCCUUCUCGUCCAUACUAUCUCCAAAACGGUAAUGCCAAUGUGCGGCAGUCCGGAGGUGCGAUUGCUUCUCCAACAAAAUCACUGGCGUCCAAAAUCAUGGACUUGAUGUUUGGAGUUUAGCUGCUCUACUUUACCAAAAUUUCAUAUGCUUUGUGUGCCAAGCAAUUAUAGUUGCUCCGGCUAUUUGAUUUCACAGCAGAGAAUUUAGUAACUCACCGAGUCCCGAUUCCUAUCGAGCGAGCUUUAGUUUUCAUUUUCGUCUUAUUUCCCUCCAAGGGCGUUCUAUGAUAAAACGUGGAUUGAGUGAUUUUGUAUGAUAUCAUUUGGUUACCAAUGUAAGAGCAAUUGGUAAAGAUGCGUGUCAUCUACAGAAUGCGAUAUUAUUGUUGUACGGAACUGAAAUUGCAAUCACAAAAGAAAACGAGAGUUGGAUUUUUUUUUUUCUUUCUUUCUUUGAUAAUCAACUAUAAUUCCAAGUUA